AUGGCGCAUGUACGCACCAUUGAAGAAAUCGCAGCCAUGAUGGAGCUCCAUUCUUCGGAAUGGUGCCCUAAAGCCACGAAGGCUGUUGUCAGCGAAAGAGCUGCGAAGCGGCGAAGGCUCGAGCUGGUGGGUAGAAAUAAUGAGACGGAGUACUAUUAUAUUCCUGGUAG